CCGUGAAAUCUAGCACCGCUGUGUUAUUUUCGACCUGACACAAGCGUGUUCUCUCUAGGGCCGGCACGCAGUUCUUCGACUCGCCCUCGAGGUGGUACCAUCUAGUGGGGCGUUAGUUAAUCUACUCCCAGAUAAGAUGCUCAGACUUUUUUGUCUGGCCACACUGGUGGCUGUGAGCCUGGCUCAUUCGUCUUAUCAAAAGUAUAUUCCUAACGGUCAGCGUGUCAUUAGUCCGUGCGGUCAAGGAGUCUGGCAUGGCGUGGGUCAUUACAAACCAAAAGGAUCAGGAUCUUUGAAUCCUUUCGGAAAGGACUUUGCUGCUGCUGGACACGCAUGGACUGAAGCUUUAUGUAGACUUGACUCGGACAGAGAUGGUCGAACAAACGGUGAAGAACUAGGUGACCCUGAUUGUCAGUGGACAUCAAAGCAACGUCAAGAGUUGCCAGAGCCCACUGGACAUCCAGGUAUCUGUGAACCUGUAGGAAGUGCUAAAUGCACCUGGCAGAAGUUCACGUGCUAAACUGUGUUGAAUCAUGCGUCAGUCAUACAAGGAAGGCACUUAAUGGAACGUCAAGAAUUCUUUGUAAUUAAAAAAAAGAAUAAAUUGAUCUUUUUCUUUUAGAAUAA